AUGGCGUACCAAGCCAGGGCGUCGGGACAAUGCCGGGUAGCGUCCCACCGGCGGGUCCGAGAGUUAAUGCUAAUCUGCAUCAGCGGCGCCUUGCUUCACUCUGGUUUGCAACACGUUGAGGGUGGUGUUGUGCAAAAUGGGUUUCGCAGCCGACAGCUGUCGGCUUUGAAAGACACCUCUACUGUCGUGAAGCCAGACGUCACCUGUGACUACACAAACGAUACAAACAGCGGACCAAAUCCGCCCGGACCGCUCACCCUCUCCAAGGAUAAACUCAGUGCCGCGCUGCAGUGUUCUGGUGAAAACAACAAGGUGGUUCCCCAAACAGUGACAAAUGUGUGUAGUGUACAGGGCGACAAAGCGGAAGUACAGGGCGACGGUGCGGAAGUAAAGAGCGACGGUGCGGAAGGAAAGAGCGACGGUGCGGAAGUAAAGAGCUGCCAAGACAACCCAAAGAAGCAGGUCUCUCUGACAGAUCUCUUGGGAGCAAGCGGUGAGCUUUCUUGGAAAAAAACAGAGGCUUCAGCUUCUCCCCAGAGCGAGACUUGGCUUCUUCAGCUGCAAAAAGAAGAACUCCCGUUGUCAGACAAGACAUUCUUCGUCGGGUGCAAGCAUGCAGGUGACACCGACAAUCCAACGUGCAAACUCACUGUCAACGUACACGCCAAGCCCUCCGCCGUUCACAACAAUUCCGUCACCUGCGCCUACGGCAAGGCCAGCAACGUGGAAGGCCCGCUGAAAGUGACGCUCACAGAGGAGAGCAACUCAUUCGAUCUGGUGUGCGGCAAGGAAGGUCUGACAAAUCCCAACUCAUAUCGGACUGCCUACUGCGGAGACGCAGAAAUGCAUGAGUGCCAGAGAAGUUACAAAGAUAUUCUGCCGCAAUAUGAAGAGUCUUGGUGGUCUCCUCCAAACGAGGAGCUCAACCAAGCGAAGCUGACGGUCCCGGCAACCGGGUUUCCUGCAGAGGACCAGUCGUUCUACAUCGGCUGUACUCUGAAGCCUGCCGAGAAUCACGAAAAAGCAUUUCAAGCGAAUAGCGGUGACCCGCAGACUUCUGUGGUCAACUCGUCGGACUGUAAAGUGCAGGUGACAGUCAAGGCAGCGAAGUAUUCUUCGGCCUCGACGCCCGUCGUGCACAUCGCGUCCGCAACUUCGGGCCUUGCCGCAAUAGCAGGCCUUCUAUGUCUCGUUGAUUGA